AAUGGGGACGCAGGAGGAGCUGUUGGUGUUUAUCUGGUCCAAUGGGCCGCUAGAGUUUAUCGACGCCAGCGACYCCCUCAAGCCCUUCAGACAAUACCAGUACAGUGUACAUGCCCACAACUCCCGCGGCUCUGCUCGCAGCCAAUGGGCUUCAGCUGUCACCAUGGAGGCGGGUCCAGAGGACAUUGCUCCUCCUAUUGUCACACCGACAAGUGCGUACUCAGUACAGUUGAACUGGACACAGCCUGGACAACCCAAUGGAAGGAUUUCACAGUAUCGCCUGGUGUACAGAAAACAGCACACAGACCCCACACUCAACACCUCUACUAUUACUGCGUUGACGGUACCGGGAAGUACUCUCCUGUCCAGUGUGUAUGGCUUGGAGGCGUUCAGUGUGUACAGUGUGCGUGUGGAAGCAGUGAACGGGGCAGGCAGUGUAUCCAGUCCCUGGGUCAGCAUUAGAACCCUGGAGGCAUCGCCUGCCGGUCUGGCUAACUUCAGUCUGGAGCAGAGAGAGCAGGGCCGGGCCCUUCUGUUAACCUGGGACACGCCUCAUACACCCAACGGUGUUAUCACGAGUUAUAACAUCUACAGUGAGGGAAACCUGGAGUUCAGUGGUCUGUCUCGCCAGUUCCUGUUCCGACGAUUAGAACCCUUCACCCUCUACUCUCUGGUUCUAGAGGCCUGUACCUCCGCAGGCUGCACCCGUACCCCCCCUCAGUCUGUUACUACGGCGGCAGCCCCCCCGGGCGCCCAGCCCGCCCCCAUACCCAGCGCUAUUGGCCCACACAGCGUAGAACUCACAUGGAGCCUGCCCACUCAUCCCAACGGACCAAUAGGAGAGUACAUCCUGCUGGGGCGGAGUCUGGAUGAUGGGAGGAGGGGGAACAACGAGGAAACAGCGCGGGCCAAGGUACUGUUCCGUGAGAGUUCCACCCAGGCUUCUAGUUUCUCCCAUACUGUGACAGGGCUGUGGCCCUGGACCCAAUAUCAGUUCAGCAUCCGUGUCCACAACCCCGCCGGACACGCAGACAGCCCCUGGGUUACCGUGACAACCAGACAGGCCCCCCCACAUGGCCUAACACCCCCCUCGGUUGUCCACGUGGAGGGGAACCCCUAUGAGCUCCUGGUGUCAUGGACCCCCCCACUGGAGAGUAACGGGGUGCUUCUGUCUUAUAGGAUCCAGAGAGACAACGUCAGUUUCUCCUUUAGUUUUGACCCCAGUGUUUUCAACUACACAGACGAGGACCUGUCUGCCUUCACCUCCUAUAGAUAUGCUAUUACAGCCUGUACUGCUGAGGGCUGUGUUACUAGUCCUGAAACACAGGUAAAGACACUGGAGGCUCCCCCCGCUGCAGUGGACUUUCCCACCAUAACCAGCAUCACAGCCGAUAGUAUCAACGUGUCCUGGACCGUUCCAUUAAUACAGAAUGGGGAGGUGACGCAGUACAUGCUGGAGGCCAACGGAAAGGAGGUUUACCGUGGGAGUGGCUUGUCUGUGGUGAUGUCAGAGCUGCGGCCGCACACACACUACCGCCUCGUCCUAUUGGCUUGUACCAACGGGGGUUGUACCCCCAGCACCCCUAUCAAGGCCCAAACCCUUGAUGCCCCCCCUCGUGGUCUAAAUCCCCCCUCCCUCAAAGUCACCGGCCCAGAGUCUCUCGAAAUCAUAUGGGGCGCACCGAAGCUCCCCAACGGUAUCAUCACAGGUUACGAGCUCCGCCGGGAUGGCCAGGUCAUUUACGUCGGGAUGGAAACGCGUUACCAUGACUUCACACUGUUGCCGAGCGUGGAGUAUGGCUACAGSGUAACGGCCAACAACAGUCGGGGAGCGGUGACCAGCUCUGUGGCCAAGGCCAGGACUCACCCGUCAGCUCCCUCUGGUGUUGGGCCUCCCACACUGCAGCCUCUGGGGCCUCGGCAGCUGAGGGUGGACUGGGAGCCCCCAGCGAGACCUAACGGGGUGAUCGUCAGCUACACGGUGUACCAGAGAGACCCGGCCCUGCCCUCAACACACAGCUUCCUGUAUGACCCAGAACACAGCGCCUUCUCCGGACGCUCCAUCAUACUGAAGCAGCUCACACCCUACCACAGGUACGAGGUGAGAGUGGAGGCGUGUACAGAGCUGGGCUGUGCCUCCAGUGACUGGGUCUCAGUGCUGACACUAGAGUCUCCUCCUACUGGCCAGUCCAUACCACUGCUGGAGCUACAGAGAGACGUCAGGGGCCUACAGACCGUCUUUCUGCUCUCUUGGCCCCCCCCGGCCCAGCCCAAUGGUAGAGUCCUACACUAUGAGGUUUAUAGGAGACUGGGUCAGAACACUGAGGUUAGCGGGGGUGCAGCAGCGCUGGUGUAUAGGAAUGAUUCCGCAACGUGCCGUGAUGCCGGUCUCCUGCCCUACACUGACUACCAGUACCAGGUUUGGGCGGUGAAUUCUGUUGGUCGUUCAGGAAGCCAAUGGGCCAAUGGGAGAACAGGUCCCGCCCCUCCUGAGGGUGUUGGCCCGCCAACCUUCCUGCGUAUCUUAGCAACCUCGGCUGUUGUUGACAUCCGCCCCCCUACAAGGCCCAAUGGCAUCGUCAGCCUUUACAGGGUGUUCUCAGAGGGCCCCAACGCUACACACACACUGCUUUCAGAGGGGAUAUCUCGUCAGCAGACCCUCCAUGGCCUGAGUCCAUACACUCAGUACUGGGUAGGAGUAGAGGCCUGUACCUGCUACCAGUGCUGCAGCCAGGGCCCCAUGAGUGAGCUGCGCACCCAGGCCUCCCCCCCAGCACAGCAGCCAUCCCCUCGACCAGUGGCUCUGACAUCACGCUCAGCACAGGUGGAGUGGGACGAACCGCUCGCCCCCAACGGACUCAUAGAGAGGUAG